UUACAGGAUGUAUUGCUACAAUAACGAUGAUGGUACUUACAAUAAUCCCAACCCACAGCAAAAUGGUUCAACACACUGGGUACACAAUUUUACGAUAAAAACAAAAACCUAACUACAUAACAGCAAUCAAAACACCAGCAAGGCCUAGAAGCACCACAUUUCUAACAUUACUACUUGGCAAAUAAAUGACAGUAUCUUAUCAAAGGGAUCCACACAACCCAUCACCACUACCCUUGGCUCCGUAUAGAAAAAAACUGAAUGCCAAGACAUAGCAAUCACAGACCUACAGUACCUCUCCUCAGUGACACAAUCAAACACAGCAACUGCUUCAAAAACACUGCAAUUGCCUCAGCUCUGACAGCUUGGUGGAAAGUCAAUAAAAUAAAAAGAAGUCAUCCACAAACACCCAUAUGGCACAACCCAGACUUCACUGCAAAUAAAUAACCUCUAAUUAACCACUGAAUAAAAAGAAGACGAAAUUACACUCCUCUAUCACAUUUUUGACCAUAAGACCUUAUUGACAUAUAUGACAUUGAGAAACAACAAUACGUACAGUAUGUCCAAUUAAAACAUUCAACCAAGGGAAAAAUAGAUAUCUCGACACACACCCUGAAAAAUGACUAUGACAGCAUCAAUAAAACUGCAAAAUCAAACAAUUCUCAACGUUUCCUAUUUAUUUGCUGUAGCACUCCAUUAUCCCAUUUCCAUAUGCAACUCAAUAGGUGUUCAGUACAAAUCACCAUACCCAUACUUGUGGCAUGACAGACAUCUAUAGAACAACAAUCAGCUCUGCAAAAAAAAAUCUUUAAAAAAAAUUAUGUGUUUCCCUUGAUGUUAUGUAACUCAGUAACACUUGUUGUUACCUUUGUAUUUGUUGGUAUAUCCAUACUGUUGACAUGUGUUUGCACUAAUGGGUGUAUAAAGCAAAUUAAUACUUUUCAGCCUGUGGAAACAUUUGUCUCCUGUGAAAAAUAACCCCAAUGAUGUCAUCAGCGUCUCAGCUUAGGUUUAGAGAUUUUAAGGUUUUAAUGUAUAACCCACAUUACAAACAAGAAGUUGGUUGUAAGGGGUUUUGCAGGCAGGGACAUUCUAAUGAAAGAGGUAGCUGAGUUGCACCAUGGGAAUUUUUUUGGAGCUUGAUCCUUACCAGGAAUUUAAAAUCAAGAUAUCUGUCUCUGUCUCCUGUGCGUCCUCAACUUUAUGGACAUGCAAUACUAAACAAAUGGAGUACCCCAUUCAGCAGAGUGACAUUAUAAUCUUUCUUUAUUCUGGAACUGUCUCUGCACAAGAUUGUGAUCUUUUAUAUGAUAUUAUAGCAAUGCUUGCUCAGGCUCCCAUAUCAUCACUGUAAUAGGAUAAUUACAAUGCACAGUAUUAAGCAUUUGUCCUAAAGUUUCUGGUAUAAAGCCGUUAUUUCUACAGCUACACCGCUAACGCAAAAUAGUUUACUUAAUGUGGCGGUGCUUUCCGUGUGUUCCUCAGUAGGUGACUCUCCCUCUCCUCCUGGCCCCUCAGCGCCGUGAUGUUGAGAUCACUUCGGGAGGGCGGUGCAGAAGGAGAGCUACGUGUUGCUGCGCAGCAACAGAUAGAAAGAGGAGAGAGAAAGAGAGAGAGGAAUUCCCUCGCACAGCCAAAAGCGGCUGUCAGGGCGUGUAUCAGUUCCUAUGGCUCCCAGAAUACAAUGUACUAAAUGUAGCCGAUACCUGUAACUGAAGGAGGAGUAAAACCCGGCGGAUGCAGGAUGUAAGGACUACCAGCUCCAACAAGCCUUCGGGAAUAUCUGAGGAGGGACCGUCAGUUUAUUUCUGUCUGGAGGCAACAUCAUAUUUGACAUCGCGCCGACUCCCUUUGGAAGAGACUUCAUCCUCUCCUGUUCAAGCGGAGAAAAUCAGCCUGACAGAGGCGCGCCUGUCUGGACUCCAGGGGACGGGGGUCUCCGUGGUUAUUACAGGGCCAUAACUUGGCCACAAACUACAGUAUGCCAUCACCGGAGUUGAAAUGCAGAGUCUUCUCCUGGGUGUUCAGUGAGCUGGCUGUGCUUUGAAACAUGACAGGUCAGGCCCUGGGGAAACCAGGCCGCAGGGCUCACAUGGAUGACAACGCCGCCAUCCGCAUCAACGUGGGCGGCUUCAAGAAGCGUCUCCAGUCCGACACUCUCUCCCGGUUCCCCGAAACGAGGCUUGCGCGCUUACUCCAAUGCCAGUCCAAAGAGUCCAUCCUGGAGCUGUGCGACGACUACGACGACACGGAGAAGGAGUUUUACUUCGACAGGAACCCGGCACUCUUCCCCUACGUGUUGAAUUUCUACAACACGGGGAGACUGCACGUCAUGGCGGAGCUGUGCAUCUUCUCCUUCAGCCAGGAGAUCGAGUACUGGGGCAUCAACGAGUUCUUCAUCGACUCCUGCUGCAGCAGCGCCUACCACUGUAGGAAAAUGGACCAGGAACGGGAGGACUGGGAGGAUAGAAGCGAUGAAGGGAGCACCACUUCAUCUUUUGACGAGCUGUUGGAGUUUUACAGCGACGCCACCAAGUUUGACAAGCAGCUGCUCGGGAGCGCACGGAGGCGCGUCUGGUUAAUGCUGGAUAACCCCGGCUACUCCGUGGCAAGCCGCAUCAUCAGCAUCCUCUCUAUCCUGGUGGUGCUCGGCUCCAUCGCAACUAUGUGCAUGAACAGCAUGAGCGAGUUCAGCCUGUUGGACAGUGACGGGCAGCCCACAGAGGACCCGCGUUUUGAGACUGUGGAGCACUUUGGCAUCGGCUGGUUCACUCUGGAGCUGAUCGCCAGAUUCAUGGUGGCGCCGGAUCUUCUGCAUUUCUUCGAGCACCCGUUAAAUAUGAUCGACCUUGUGUCCAUACUUCCGUUUUACCUGACACUCCUUAUAAACCUGGUGGUGGAGAGCACCCCGGCUCUGGCCAACCUGGGACGUGUUGCACAAGUGCUGAGGCUGAUGAGGAUUUUCCGCAUCCUGAAGCUGGCCCGUCACUCUACAGGGCUGCGCUCCCUGGGUGCCACCCUCAGGAACAGCUACAAAGAAGUGGGCCUGCUGCUUCUCUACCUGGCCGUCGGGGUGUCGUUUUUCUCCGUCAUGGCCUACACGGUGGAGAAAGAGGACAGCGAGGAUCUCUCCACCAUCCCGGCGUGCUGGUGGUGGGCCACCGUCAGCAUGACCACCGUCGGGUACGGAGACGUGGUGCCGGUGUCCAUAGCGGGCAAGCUGACCGCCUCAGCGUGCAUCCUGGCCGGGAUCUUAGUAGUUGUGCUUCCGAUUACGCUCAUAUUCAAUAAAUUCUCUCUCUUCUACAAGAGACAAAAACAGCUAGAGAUCGCAAUGAGAAGCUGUGAUUUCGACGAGGGUAUAAAAGAGGUGCCCUCGGUCAACCUGAGGAACUAUUACGCACACAAAGUCAAAUCCCUCAUGGCGAGCUUGUCAAACAUGAGCCGGAGUUCACCCAGUGAACACAGUCUGAAUGAAUCCAUACAUUGAAAGGGUUUCAUCAAGGACACCCGGUCAGGUUUGGGUGACACUUUUCAUUCAAUGUGGCUGCAUGAGGAGCUGUCCGGGGUGCUGAAGCCUCUGGAUCAAAAGCCCACUUCCUCCCACUGAUGUCUGACCGUUUGCCUCUCUGUAGCUCAGUGCAAUAACGUGUUAAUAUAUGUGUCAGUCAAAAUGAGAACGUGAGAAAAUGUACAGGACAGCCUGAAUAUGAUAUUUCACUGUGCAUUAUUAUGGUCCUUUACCAAACAGGCCAAUAUCUGACCACAUAAGAUUAAAAAGAAAGAGAAUGCUGUAGUUGUUUGCAGUCCUAGAUGGUGUCACACUGUAGUCCAUCCUCCAGCUGUACUUGUUGUGAUCAAAUGUGUCUGAAAGUAACUCCAGCUGUAUCUCUUUUGAAAGAGUGUUGAUGUGUUAUUGUUCUGUUGCAACAAGAUUACUUCAGAUGUGUGGUUGAAGCAAACUGUAUUAAACAAAAAAUACACAACGCCCUUCCUCAUGUUUUUCAUGUGCAGAGCGAGGGUCUUUCAGCAUCUUCCUAAGUGUGUCUUAACAUAAGUAAGCCCGAAGGGGUAGCGAGGGAUUUAUAGUAGUGACUGACACAAUACCUAAAACAGUUUGACAGGCACAGCAACAACCAUUCAGAGCUGACACACUGAGUACGUUUAUUCAGAGGAUUUUAUUUUUUGGGGCAUUUUGGCAAUGACAUCCCCUUUUAAACUGACAAAACAGCUGCUUUUAUUAAUUAAUAUGUCUUAACAAGGCAGUAAUUAAAUGUAUAUUGGGGGACCCACUUUAUAGUCAGACAUACUCAAUACAUAGAUAGAAAAUAUAAAGAAAAACAUUUCCUAUGCUACAAAAGGCAACCAUGCACUGCCAUCCAAAAAUAAUCAUUGGCGGAUUUUAUCACAAAUGUAAAUCAACUUGGCUCUAGUAGUAUGGUGUACUGCAGUUCUGUGUGGUUUGUCCAAGUGGUGUUGCCGUACCCCAGCAGAAGUAGUUGCUGGAUGGCUGUGGAGUAGGUACAAUCAAUGUCUAACACUGUACUGUCUCUAUUUAAUCAGUUUUAAAUGUACUGGAAAUUGAUAAAAUACACUGUAAUAUGAGUGGUAUGUAGGCUAUAUCAUUGUAUAUUCUUGUAGUUUUUUGUAAAGUGUUAUUAUGUCAUAAAAGUUGCCAUAAAAAAUGAAAAUAAGUCAUAGUAUAAUAUGUCAUAAAAAAAGUAAUUUAAGAGUCAUAGUGAGUGCACUUUUCCUGUGCGGCAAUCAAUCAUAUGCUUGCUCCCUAAAAAGGCACUCAGUCAUCAAAACUUUAAGACUCCUUGAAACAUUUUUUGUUGAAAAUGCUCUGAAAUGGUCUAUUUAGCUGUUGAGUUUCUAAAAAUAUUUCCUGGGGGGAAUGAAUCCCAGACCCCACUGGAAGGUUGGUCAAUUGUAAAUGAUACACCCCACUGUUGAUAUCCACAAACAUGGUAUCAUACUGGUAGCAAAAGCAGACAGUAGAUCCAUCACCAAAGUAGAAGUUACACCUUGUCGUGCUUUCUGCAUACUGCUAUAUUUACCUCUAAGGAGAACUGUGUAGAAAAUACUUGACAAUUCAGUAUGCAGAUACAGACAUUUUCUUUUGUCAUUGUUCAGUUUCAUGUAAAUCUUCCUUUCUAUGAGUAAUUUGUCUCCUUGUCAACAGCCUGUAACCUCAGAAGAUGAAUGGUGGAGGUAACCUGCAAACUUCUCUUUUUUUUCUAUUAAGUCUCAAGGUGUCUUGUUAAAGUUUUUUUUAUUCCACUGGG